UUUUAUGUACAUAUGACAUUCAAUUGUUAAACUACACAUAUGAUUUUUGUAUUAAUCUUUAUAGAGUUAUGAUUCGAAAUUAAAAAUGAUCUAAAAUCACUAACAUAAUAAUAUUGUAAUUUAAAUUAAUUAAAUAUUAGAUCUUUAAAAUCUAAAGUUCUUUGAUUAUAUAAUUUAUAUUACGAUAAAUUGUGUAAUUAUCAGAUAAAUCUAGUUAAAAUCACAAAUUAUUAAUUUUAGAAUGACAAAUGUAAUAAACUUUAAAUGAUUAGUUAUAUUUUCCAAACAAACUUAUUAAACUGACUUAUCAGUUUGCUAUUUAAAGUAUAGUUUGCGUACAUAUGAUAUUCAAUUGAUAAAUUGUAUAUAUGAUUUUUAUACCAAUCUUUAUAGAGUAAUGAUCCAUAAAUUAAAAAUCUUCCAAAUCACUAACUUAAUAAUAUUGUAAUUGUAAAAUUAAUUUCUUUUUGCAUCAAUUGUAAAAAUAAUUAAAUAUAAGAUCUUUAAAAUCUAAAAAUCUUAGAUCACAUACUUUCUGUUGAACUAAAGUAUUUAAAUAUCGUAUAAAUUUGGUUAAAAUCACAAAUUUGUAAUAUUAUAACGACAGAUUUAAUAAACUUAAAAUGAUUAGUUUUAUUUAACAAAAUCAAGAACAUUUAAUUUUAGCAAGACUUUAGAAGUAUAUGAACGUGUUACAACAAAAUUUACCAUGUAAACAUAUAGUUGACUACGACAAAAAGUAAGGCUCUAUCAUGCAUCCAAUCUUUGACAAGGAAAUGUAAAUCAUGCAUCCAAUGGGAGACCCUUGGUCUGUUGAAAAACACAUUUAUUAAAUACAAAUCUUUAGUAACAAACUUUUAAGCAAAAUAAGGAAACAAAUUAAAUUUCUCAAAAAAAUUUCAAUUAAAUUAAUUUUUUUUUUUAAUCUAUAAUCCUGCUAAAAAGAGCCUCGACGAACUUGAAAGCCCUAAACCCGAUAUCAAAAACAGAACCCGAAAAGAAAGUAACACAUUACGAAAGUAGUUUCUUUUAAAACAAUAAAUGCUCUCAUAACAAGACAAAACACCAUAUACUAAAAUCUCCAAAGGAAAAAAACAUAUGCAUUUAAACGCAUAAAUAAACCCAAGCAAGUACUAAAGAACCCACUCACACAAAAAAAAAACAUAAUAGCCUCUUCUCCUUCCUCCUCCUCUCAAUCUCUCACACUAAAAGAAACGAUUUUUAAUCUCGCGAAUGGAUCCUGGAGAUCCCACUUCCAUACUCUUCACAAAGAUCCGAACUCUAGAACCGGACUUGGCCUCCAAAAUCAUAGCCUACUUGCUCUUACAGGACUUGGGCAAGAGAGACUUGAUGCGUCUCGCUCUUGGACCCGACACUCUCUUGCAGUCCGUUUGUCUCAAGGCUAAAUCCGCUUUGGGUCUCUCGAACGGAUCUUCUUCUUCUUCUUCUGGCACGACGCCGCCGUUGUUGAACCCUAUCUCGAGACCCAUUAACAUCCACCGCCAUUCUCCGUUUAUGGAGUUCUCGAGGAGCCCUUCCUUGAACAACACUCCUGGGAGUAGCAACCCUAACGUGGGUUCGAGUCCGUUUCAAGCAAGUUCCUCUCUUUUCGCUUCAGAUGGUGGUGGUGACGAUUUAGUCGAUGAGGGGCAACUCGGUAACUACUUGUCCUUCCUCAACGAGUCUUCUUCUAAGAACAACAACAACAACGACGAAACCACGGAUCUGUUCGGGUUCUCCGGUGAUAAUGACGAUGCCCAUUUGCACAAGAGGAGUUUCUCUGCGAGCGAUGUUUGUUUCGGGUCAGAGGAACCCGGUUAUGGCGGUUACUGUCGGUUUCCUGGUUUAGGAGAUGAUUUUGAGUCUCCUGGUGGUGGGUUUGGUUCUCCGGAUUUCAGACAGCAAGAGGAGAUAGCGAGGAUGAAACUGGCUCAACGGCAGCGAAUGGCCGCGGCGCAGUUCUUGGCGGCUAGUGGUGGCUCUCCAAUGUCGUAUGAUAAAGGCAUUAAUUUUCUCUUGGGUUCGCGUAACGCUCAUCAUAGAUCAGGAGGAGCAGGACAGUUUGGGGAUGAGGGUUACUGGUUUGGUAGUCCAGGGCGACAUGAAAGAGAUGAGUUUUUGGGGAUGGGAGAUAAAUCAAACUCUGCAUCUAAGCAGAUUUACUUGACUUUUCCAGCUGACAGCUCCUUCACAGAUGAAGAUGUCUCCAACUACUUUGGCAAUUUUGGACCAGUGCAGGAUGUUAGGAUUCCAUACCAGCAGAAACGGAUGUUUGGGUUCGUCACUUUUCUCCACUCUGAGACUGUGAGAAUCAUAUUGGCCAGAGGAAACCCACAUUUCAUCUGCGACUCACGCGUGCUUGUUAAACCCUACAAAGAGAAAGGAAGAAUCCUUGAAAAGAGGCAGCAGCAACAACUGAUGCAGCAGAUGGAGAGAGGGAACUUUUCUCCGGGUUCGAGUCCAUCUGGAAUGGACGCAAGGGAUCUCUUUGAUUGCCACUUCGGACCGAGGAUGUUUUCUAGCACACAAGAAAUGAUGAGGAGAAAAGCUGAGCAAGCUGAGUUACAACAAGCAUUAGAAUUCCAGAGGAGAAGACUUGUCAAUCUGCAGUUGCCCGAUUUGGAUAGCGAGUCGUUUCACCAUCACCAGCGCAGUCUUUCUAUUGGCUCCCCUGUUCAUUACCCCUCCCGCGUCAAUCAAAGCAUGCUCUUUCGAUCUGAAAACGCCGGUGAAGAAGCAGGUAAUGGUGAUUCAGGACAUUUUCAUUCUGAUUCUGAAAAUAAAAACAGCCAAGAAGGUGGUUAUGUUAACCAUUUCAACACAGGAAGGCAAGAGACAAGUCUGGAGAGCGCUCUGCCUGAUUGCUUCUUUGCUUCCCCAUCAAAGACCGGUGAAACCCAAGAACAGUCCGAGUCUGAGAAUGAGAACUGUGCUACUGUGGAAAGUAAGCCAGCCUCAACACUUCAAUCAGCUUAGCUUACCUAUAUUGAAAAGUAGAGACUGAUAAAAAGCAGGAAGUAGAAGAACUUUGUCUAUAUGUAGAAGAAGCUAAAGUGGUGGAACAGAAAGAAAGAGUAGAGAGUUAACGAGUUAGAAUUUUUUACAUAUCUCUAUUAAAAAAGGACGGCGGUUAUGGAAAUGCCAAUAUGCAAUAGAAACUAAGUACUAACCUCAGACAGUGCAUUGAUAGGCAGAAGAACAAUACAGUUACUCAAACCUCAAGUUUUAAGUUUUUUCGUCUGUUCAUUGAUGAUGAUGAUUGUUUUACCCUUUUUACCGGGUCACAAGACCUGGUUCUCGACAAGGUUACUUCAAGUUGUCUCAAUAUUUCAUCGUUGUCUCGGUGUUAUU